GAUGGAUGAUGUUUUGCACAAAGCAAUUCACUAUUUGUCUUGAAAGAAACACAAAGCUAUUCACUAGUUCGUCAAUAAUCGCUCCAAAGAUCUCAAAGUCAACAUAAAAGCUAGAACCAUCAGCAAUGGAGAUUUUCUUUCCAAACUCUGUAAUUGGAAUGGCGGGGAUCUUCGCCUUUUUGCUCUUUAGCUACACGUUAUUUAGAGCAGUUGUUAAUCCAAAAAGCUCGAACACGAAGAUGAAACCACCGGAAAUCGCCGGUGGAAGGCCGUUUCUCGGCCACCUCCACCUGUUAGGAGGGUCAAAGCCAGCGCACAUCACGUUUGGUAACUUCGCCGACGAAUACGGACCCGUCUUCACCGUCAGGCUAGGCGUGCACCCAACGCUAAUUGUAAGCAGUUCGGAAGUCGCUAAAGAGUGCUUCACCACCAACGAUAAGGCCUUCGCUAGUCGUCCGAGAACUUUAGCGGCGGAGCUUUUGGGGUUCAACUUCGCCAUGUUUGGGUUCAGCCCUUACGGCCCUUACUGGCGUCACAUUCGCAAGAUAGCGACGCUCGAGAUACUGUCGAACAGCCGAUUGGAGAAGCUCAAACACGUAAGAGAAUCGGAAGCCAAGGAAUCAAUCAAACGGCUCUACGAGUUAGUAACCAGCGGCGGUUCGAAACAGGUGGUCGUGAAUAUGAUGAGAUGGUUCUGGACUGUCAACAUAAACACGGUUUUUAAGAUAGUUAUCGGGAAGAGAUACUCGGAGGUUGAAAAUUCACACGAGGAAGAGGAGAACGAACAGCGGAGGAAAGCGGUGAGGGAUUUCUUCGCAUUGACGGGGACGUUCACGGUGGCGGACUCGCUGCCGUUCUUGCGGUGGUUGGAUCUGGGCGGACACGAGAAGGCCAUGAAGAAGACGGUGAAGAAACUGGACCAAAUUCUGGAGGAAUGUUUGGUGGAACAUAAACGGAAGAGAAAUUCAGGCAAACCGGCCGGCGAACACGAUGAAUUCAUGGGCAUAAUGCUGUCGCUUCUUGAAGAUGCCGGAAAACUCCCUUCUUACGAUGCUGAUACAAUCAACAAAGCUACCUGUCUGGCAAUAAUUUUGGGUGGAACGGACACGACAACAGUGACGAUAACGUGGGCCCUAUCGUUACUGCUAAACCAUCGGGAUAUCUUGAGAAAAGCCCAACAAGAGUUGGAUACUUUCGUUGGUAAAGACAGGCUAGUGCAAGAAUCCGACAUGAAGAAUCUACAGUAUCUCCAAGCCAUUGUCAAAGAAACAACCCGAUUAUACCCCGCCGCCCCCCUCUCCGUUCCGCAUGAAUCCGUUGAAGACUGCACCACCGCCGGGUACUUUAUCCCGGCAGGCACACGACUUCUUGUAAACAUUUCGAAGCUUCAACGAGAUCCUAACCUAUGGCCCGAUCCCGAUGAGUUUCGACCCGAAAGGUUUCUUACGACACACAAGCACGUGGAUGUGAGGGGACAGAACUUUGAGUUUAUUCCGUUCGGUAGCGGUCGGAGAGUUUGCCCCGGAAUCUCAUUUGCGCUUCAAGUUUUGAAUAUCAACCUUGCUGCUUUGCUGCAGUCGUUUGACAUUACGACGCCACAUGAUGAGGCGGUUGACAUGCGUGAGGGUGCCGGUUUGACUAAUCUCAAAGCUACGCCACUUAACGUCGUUUUCACACCUCGUCUUCCUCCUCAUCUCUAUGAAUAAACUACGAUGCCGGUUGACAUGCAUGACGGUGUCGGUUUGAUUGAUCUUAAAGCUACGCCACUUUAUGUCGUUUUCACACCUCGUCUUCCUCCUCAUCUGUAUGAAAUACAUAUAUAUAGUUGUUUGUGGUAUCGUUUUUACUAGUUUGAACACGGACAAUCUGUAUGCACUCUAUUUAUGUUUAUUUAAGUUAAAAAUUAUAUUUAUUACAGUGAUAUUA